AGUGCGACUGCGCACAGUCUAAUCCGCGAGGGAAGGGAAUUGCGCAUGCGCGCCUGUCUCCCUGGCUCCUAGAGUAGGCGAGCCCCAGGCUGCUCUGGUAGGUUUGGCGUGCGCGGGUUUCUGCAGAUCUGGGGCGAGCUUGCACGUUACAUCACCUAUGCACCUCUUCUUGCUUGCUUUAGUUGCCACCACUUAGACCUUUCUUGCAGAAAUCGCCAUAUACUCUUUAAGGGCCGCGGAAUCGGGGCGACCUUGGUGACUGAUUGGCAGAAUCUCGGCAGAUAUGCGUGCACUGGUUGGAUGCAGACGUGGUUGUAGGAGAUUUGAUUUUUCCAGCUUUGCAGCGACUGUUGGCCCUGUUAGCUUCCCAGAACGGAUCUCCCUAGUCUCGACUGGAAGCUGAGGGACAAAAUCUCAGAAACGCAAUUACUCUUUCCUCACCAGGCUUCUAGGAAAGCAAGAAUAGCGAUAUUAUUACACCUACAGCCCUAUAGAGAUUGAUCUGUCUUUCCCUCACAGUCGUGGCCUGUUAACGCUCCUGUGUUGUUCAGUGCCAGAAUGAGUGACCGCUAUUUAGAACAAAGGAUUAGUAUCAAAUUUUGCGUGAAGUUAAAUAAGUCUGCAAGUGAGACCCACCAUCUUUUAAAAGAAGCUUAUGGGGAUGAAGUCAUGUCAAGGGCCAGAGUUUUUGACUGGCACAAAAGAUUUAAAGAAGGACGGGAAGAUGUUCGAGAUGACGCCCGAAGUGGGCGUCCAGUCACCCACAGGACAGAUGAAAAUAUCCAGAAGGUCAAGGACUUGGUUUGUUCAAACAGGCAGUUAACUGUGAGGAUGAUGGCUGAAGAGUUAAAUUUAGACAAAGAAACUGUUAGGCUCAUUUUGAAAGAAAACUUGAACAUGAGGAAGAUUUCUGCCAAAGUUAUUUCCGGUGUUUUGAAGGGUGAGCCUACACCACGAAAACUUGACUUUCAGUCCGAUCUUUCAAAGGAAACUAGGAAAAAUAGCUCAUGUUUGAGGAAAAAGGUAACAGGUUCUGAAACAUGGAGUCAUCUCAAGGGUGAAGCUGGUGGGGAAAUGCCCCUGCCCGUAUCCCAUCCCAGAGUCCACUACCCCGCCAGCCAGCUUCUUCAGGCUUCAUCUUCAACAAGCCUUCCCCCCAGGGUAGCUGAGAAUUGGUUCACCCCAUGGUGAGAGGAACGUGAGUUAGCUGAACCAGAACUAGGAAGCUGCCUCACUGUUAGGCACCUUCUUUGGCUGCUCACCUAUUUUCAGUCUUUGCUACUCCUCCCUGUAUGUCAUGGCCCUCCUCAUUACUCUUUGCUGGACUGUUGGACCAUCCUCCUUGCUGUUCUCCACAACUUUGAAGAACUUCUGGCUGUUGCCUUCUGGUACUUGCUUGUUCUUGAUUUUUUUUUUUUUUGCUCAACAAGUUUGAAUUUCUUCUCUGCCCAGACCUUAGCUUGUUGUGAGUCCUGUUCCUUUGUUCUCAACAUUCUGCCUCAGGAUCAUGCCAGUGAGAAGUGAGGAACAGGAUCUCCUGGAUCUGUAUCUCUGUGCCCAGGGAGACAUGCUGUUCUGGGAGGACCCCAAAAGAAGGCUUACAGUUUCAUCCUGCUUUGCAGUCAGGGCCUGAGGUAUGGUACAGAAGGCAGUGGGAUGCUGGUACUACUGAGCAAUGCUAGCCCAAAGGGCUGAUCUGGCCCAGAUGACUCAGUGGGAGCGCGUUAGGAGGGGAUGGCCACCAAUACUGAUCUUCUCUCAGGCCUGCACCUCACAGAAGAGCUGGGUUUGCUUCAUUCUAGUCUUGUGCUUUGGACCCCCAUUCAUUUGGGUAUCCUCUGCUGGAAGAGGAGGAUCUGGUCCUAGAAAAUAUAAACCUGGAGACCCAGGCCUAAGCUGUGAUGUGUGGGGAGGAAGACCAGGUGGUUCUGUAGACCCUGAAUUAAGGGAGCCUGAUACCUAUGUGUGGAUUCCCAUACAGCAGCCUGUUUUUAGUAACUAAUGCCUAUAGUUUUAAGAACUUGCUGUUUUUAGAACACUGCUGGACGUUGACAAUGUGGAAGUUAUAAACAAUAUCUCCAGGAGCUGACGGGCUACAUGGAUGAGAUGGUUCUUGAACUGGAUCCAUGAGGAUGGGUAUGACAGGGGACUGUGAAAUUAGGGAAAGCAGGUGGAACAGCAUGAGGCAUCAAACCUGCAUCAGUAGAAAAUGAUGACAUUUGCUUCUUCUCCUAUGCCUCCAACUCUAUGCCAGUUGAUAAAUUGCUUCUCCUGAGUCUGUGAAUUGGUUUGUAACAACCAAUUUGAUAUCUGAUUUUCCAGUCGGAACCUCCAACAAGCAGAUUCUGCAAGUUCAAACUCGUUCAUUUCUUCUCUUCCUACCUCUGCCAGGAUUUAUGGAAUGGAACUUUUCUCAAGUGGGUUCCAAGGAAUACCACAUAGACUAGAAACAUUUAGGGGCAGGGGUUUGGUAACAGCAUUUCACAGAAUUGGCCAGUGUCUUUGUUUUACUCGAGGAUUUUUAUGUAUACCAGCUCCUCUUAAACAAUAUUGCUUGAGAAUAGAGGCGCAUCACUUACUUAUUCAUCACGGUUACUUUUAGUGCUGUUCUUUCACUUUCUCUACUCACCUGCAAAAAUUACAAGUUCCUCAUUAACACCUGUUCUUGUUGUGGUGGUGGUUGUUGUUUUGUUUUUUGAGAUGGAAUCUUGCUCUGCUGCCCAGGCUGGAGUGCAGUGGUACAACCUCGGCUCACUGCAACCUCCACCUCCUGGGUUCAAGUGAUUCUCCUGCCUCAGCUUCCUGAGCUGGGAUUACAGGCAUGCACCACUACACCCGGUUGAUUUUUGUAUUUUUGAUAGAGAUGAGGUUUCACCAUGUUGGCUAGGCUGAUCUCGAACUCCUGACCUCAGGUGAUCCACCCACCUCGGCCUCCCAAAGUACUGGGAUUACAGGCAUGAGCCACCAUCCCCAGCUAACACCUGUUAAUUCUGAGGCACCUUGAAAGCUAGACCUUGUCCCACAAAGUGAAGAUACUAUAUAAGAACUCUUAAACCAAGCAACAGCUUAUAGACCUUAGCUCCUUAACAGUUUCUAGACAUUCCAUUUCAGGACCAUUCAGUCUUCUUACAUCAGAUGUGGCUCUGGGUUGCCCACAAGCACUUGGCACCACGGACACUGCACUUUAGGAACAAAGUCCUCAUCACUAGUUCUUGCGUCUUUGUUGCUGAACUUAUAUUAAUCCUUAAUGAGGCCCACCCAGUGGUAAUUGUUGCAGAUUUAUAUGCUUCUGGACCCAGGCCAAGAUCCCACAACCCUGCCUACAGGCAUUGCUUCUAACCUGUUGUAACCCAGAAGUCCUGAGACAUCUUACUUCUGGGUUUGAUUCCAGUCCUAUGAACAGUGCUGGUGUGUCCCUGCCAAUGAUGCUGGACCAAGACCCUUGCUGUAGUAUAGAGUACCAGAGCUAUGCUGGUUCAGACAUGGUUUAGACACAGCAACCAGAAGCAGGUAAUCAGGAGUGUGAAUUCAAAUGCUUCCAGGUGGCUGUAAUGAAAAGGACUUAUCCAGAGCAAACCAUUCACAUUUGGCUGCUCAGAAUCUAAACCCAAGGGUAGAGCAUGAUCUAGGCAUCCCCAGACAGGAAAGUUCUUAUAUGACUACUCCUAAUGUGCUCACCUACCAAAUCCAUUUCGUUGCUGAUCCACGUUUUGCCCUGGCCUGCACCUUGCUACCUAGGCCUCUUGAGCUCCUGGUCCCAUAGUCUCACACAUCUAGCUAUGUGUCUCUCACACCCCAGGCUCUUCCCCUUGGCUGUUUUAAGACACCUCUCAAUUUAUUAUGCACCAGUUUGCUCUUACUCCUCUAUUUCCUUGUUGCUUUGUUUUCUGGUCCCGGGUCACACCUUCAUUAGCUGCUUUUGGUCAUUUUGGUAUGCUGAUCCUUCAAUAGACCUUUGAGUCUAUUGAAGUUUUUCCACUUAACUUACAAUUCUUCUCUCUGAUUUUUUGGAUCCUUCUUCCAGCUCCCCACUUCAGCUGCUGAGUAAGGAAAUUGUCUGCUGUAGCCCUGGCCCCAGGUCGCCUUCUUAUCCUCAAGAAUUUGGUGGGGCAACAUGGGGGGAUGAUGUGUUGAUUUGUUUUUUGUAAGGGGCGUGGGCAGGAAAAGGUCCCUCUUACCCGUAGCCACCAUCAGUUGCACUCCCCAGAGGCACCCAGUGUCAGCAGUUUCUCAAGGAGGCAAUUUGGUUACCUCUGGUACCAAGAGUCAUGAAACUUUUUCAGAGCUAUAACAUCCAAAGCCCAUUAUCCUAGCAACUGUAUUUUCCCUGGUAGGAGAACCUCCACCUAACCACAGAUCAAGCCUGGCUUUCUGUGGGAUGUCAGGAAGAGAGCUGGCCAUCUGCAAACUUUCUCAAGCUUAACACAAUUGGUCAAUGACUCUGUUUGGCUUUUAGGUUGAUCUUUGUCCCCACCCCCAUGCCCAUCCUAAUUCAGAGUUCACAUGAAAUGUUUUAUGCCACUGCUGAGAAAGAAAUACAUGCCUUCUGGGGCAGGUUAUCCUAUCACUGAUGUUAUGUACUUCUCCCCUUCCAUCACCCCACCCUACCUUGCUCCAUUUGCCCCACUAGUAUUGAUCAAAAAGAGAAAGAAUAAAAUGUUCACCGAAUCUGUAACUUAUAAAAAAACAUGUGGAUAGUUCUGCUGUCUUCUGAAUUCUGACCCUGACUGAGUCUUCAAUGAAACGUUAUCAUUUGGGAAGAAUGUUUACCUGGGGCCUCCUUCCCAGAACCUUUCUCUCAGAUCCAUUUUUUAGUCAAAGUCUAUACUUGCCUUUGGAAAUGCCUGGAUAAAUCUGGAUGCUAAAUGACUUGAGGACACCGAAUAAAGGAAUGGGGUACUAUUAGGGAAUUGUCAUUCAUUACAUUACAAACGCUGCUCAGCUUGCCUGCUAUUUGCAGACAUCAUCACCAGCAAGUUUCACUAGGCUCUUUGGGAUUGGGUCUCAGCAGGGUCCCUUGUGACUCAAUAAGAGCCUACCUUUGCUUCUAAACUAUAUGAUAUCCUGCCUUCUCCAAUUGCUUCUUCAAUCAGCCCACCCAGAUUUUGCCAGACAUUUAUAUCUUUUCUGAGAUAUAAUGAGAACCAUCAUGUAUUUAUGUUCUUCAGUGUCUCCCUUAUCAGAUCCUUGCAAACGCCAUCCUAGUUGUAUCACCCCUCUCCCUGUAUUAAUAUCCAGAAACAAAAAAAUCUGUAUUGGGGAGCUAUAGUACCUCCAGGGACUCACUUGGGUAUAGCCCAACGGUCGACAGACUUCUGUAAAGGAGUCUUUAUGGGCCAUAUGGUCUCUUUUGCCAGUACUCAGUAUUUUACUGUAAAAGAAGACAUAGCUGAUACAGAAACGGAUGAGCAUGGCUCUUUCCAAUAAAACUUUAUAAAUGGA